CAUUGACCUUCGACAGCCUAUCUAUCUCUGCCUCCUUGCUCGCAACCCCACUUCCCCUCUUGAAUCUACCGCCUCCAUUGACUCACCAACCUCCCCACCCCCUCUUCUGUCUCUCUAUCUUCAAGCCCUUUCACAAGCUUUGAAGAGCUAAAAGCACAGAUCUUUACUCACCCAGUUGUCGAUUUCUUUGUGUUUUUUUUGCAAUGGGUGGCGACGGAAAGGUCUUUACUUUGGCGGAGGUCUCCGACCACACCACUUCCAAUGACUGUUGGAUCGUCAUCAGUGGCAAGGUAUAUGAUGUGACAAAGUUCUUGGAGGACCAUCCUGGUGGUGAUGAGGUUUUGUUGACAGCCACUGGGAAGGAUGCAACCGAUGAUUUUGAGGAUGUUGGGCACAGUACCAGUGCAAGAGCGAUGCUGGAUGAAUUCUAUGUGGGCGACUUUGAUACAUCAACUGUCUCCACCCAGACCACGUAUACUCCUCCCACACAGCCUCAAAACAGUCAAGGAAAUUCAUCAGAUUUCAUCAUCAAGCUGCUUCAGUUCUUAGUUCCCCUGAUUAUCUUAAUCGUGGCUCUUGGCAUCCGUUCCUAUACCAAAUCACCGGCUUAAUGAUGGAGCGCGCAAGGAAUUGGAAUGCAAUUCUUAAUAAUAAGUUUAUCCAAUAAGACCCUGCUCUUUUUGUUAUCAUCCACCAAUACUGUUAAGAUUCAGUGGAUGGUACAAUGUUUCGACUUUUAAGUGGUAAUCAGUAUGUGCCUGUUUUCCUUUGCCAUUUACUUGUUGAGACUCGUGGUUUGCCUCAUUGAUAUGCCACCCUGAAAGUUGUCUCGUUUCGUUUGUGUCACUUUAUUUAUUUGGAGGAUCUAAUGAAGGUAUCUGUCUACCUAUGAGAAACCACCAACACCAUUUGUGGUUUGAGCUAUCGCACCUUGGUUACUUUCACCCAUGAAAAUUGGUUUUUGCUAGAGGCUUUUCAAUGAUG